CGUCGUUAUGUCAGUGUGACAUAUACCGCCGCGGACGACGCACGCGUGUGCAGAAAAAUAUAAAAUAAAUUGGCGCGAACAUAAUAUUUAACGAACAAAAUUUUAUCGUGAAUGUGGAAGUGAAAGUUAUUUUUAUUAUCAAACAUUGUGAUGACAGAAACGUUAAAAUACGUUUUGAGGAUUAUUUUUGUGACAUUAUUUUAUUAUACCUUGUUAAGCGUGUUCAAAGAAAUCAAGCGAUAUUGGCCCGGAAUUGAUUCGACAAACACAAAUUGACAUUGGAUUUCUGGUUUAUUUUAGUUUGCUGAUAAUCGAUUCCCGAGCGCAGGUUCACCAGAAACAAAAUGGCUGACGACAUCAUGAACUUCACAGACGAGGUCAGCGCUACGGUGGAGCCGAGCGAACUAUCCAAGUUCUCUCCAGGGCUGCUCACCUUCGCAGCCAUAGUGACUGGCACCAUAAUGGUGGUCGGAUUGUUUGGCAACCUCCUUACUGUCGUCGCGCUGCUCAAAUGCCCCAAAGUGAGGAACGUGGCUGCUGCUUUUAUUAUAAGUCUUUGCAUAGCGGACUUCCUCUUCUGCGCCAUAGUGCUCCCAUUCGCCAUAUCUGGAUUCUGGACGCGGACCUGGUCUCAUGGGGGCGCACUGUGCAAGCUGGUCCCGUUCCUGAGGUACGGGAACGUCGGAGUAUCCCUCCUGAGCAUCGCCCUCAUAACCUUGAACAGGUACAUAAUGAUAGCGCACCACAGCUGGUACUCCCGCGUGUACCGCAAGCACAACAUCGCCAUCAUGAUCGUCUUCUCCUGGAUGUUCUCAUACGGCAUGCAGAUACCCACCCUUGUAGCUGUAUGGGGUAAAUUCGACUACGACCCGGAAUUGGGAACAUGUUCAAUAAUGCCUGAUGACAACGGGCGCUCAGCCAAGACUGCUCUAUUCGUCAUAGCCUUCAUAGUCCCAGCUCUGCUGAUCUUCAUAUGCUACGCUAGGAUCUUCUGGGUAGUACACAGCUCAGAGCAGCGAAUGCGGGAGCAUCAAAGAUCCCAGCACACGAGCCCUGGUACUCUCAACAACAGCACGGACAAGAGGUCUACCAUCAAGGAUAAUAGGGAGACGAAGGCCAGGCGUAACGAAUGGAGGAUCACCAAGAUGGUGCUGGCCAUCUUCCUGUCUUUCCUCGUCUGUUACUUGCCCAUCACUAUCGCGAAGGUGGCUGACAACCAUGUGCAUUACCCUGUGUUCCACAUCAUGGGCUACCUUCUCCUGUACGCGAGCGCAUGUGUAAACCCGAUCAUCUACGUGAUAAUGAACGCUCAGUAUCGGGCUGCGUACGCGGCGGCGUUGUGCUGCCCUCUAGCGAGAUUGUCAGGCCUCACCAGCGAGAAAUGGAACGAGCGUCACGGGUACAACUACAACAACACACAAACGGCGCUCAGCCAAGUGUCACUGGGGGAGUCGAGAGCCGACCCUCGGGGCACCCUGGCGCCUGCAGGCCCUGGCGGAAGAUAAGUGCCAGGUCCCCGGACUCGCACAGCGCUGGCCCCGCCCAAGGCGUCGGACCGGCCACAGAGACUGUCAGCUUCGGGCCAAAAAUAGGAAAUAGACAUUCUGGACACAAAAUAGGAUCACUACAAAGCAUUCACGCCAAAACUGACACUCGACCCCAAAUAACAGGGUCUCAACAAAGUAUUGGUGCGAAGUCUACUGGAUCUGCAAUCAGACCUCUGACGGGAUCUCAGUUAAGUUUAGGGCCAAAAGUCACUCGAUUCCAGAUCGACGAUUUGCGAAGUGAUAGACAAACCAAUGUAUAGCGACUUGUCGCUCAUUUAUAUGACAUACCAAAGAUAUUGUAAGACUUAUACCAAAUAUUUUAUUUUGUAUCUAAUGAAUUUACUUAAAUGGAACCAUAAUUAUGUAAUCAUAUUUUAUAAAUAAUUUCACUUAGGUAAAUCCCUUCAGCAUUGUUGUUGGGAAAAAAUGCUCUCUUAUUUUUUUGUAUAAUUUAUUUUUAAUUCAUUAUCUCAAUCAAUAUCCGUCCUAUAAUGAGCGACAAGUAGCGAUAUUCGACAUAAUAUUAAUAUGUAAAUAAGAUGACUUUUAGUUAGUAAGAAAUAUUAAUGAAAGAAUUAAGUUUUCUGUCUUCCAAAAUACUCUUUGUAAUAAAGAUAGGUUGUGUGCUGUCGACAUUAUGCAGAGUGCCUUUUAAAUAGAUAGUACCUUUUAGAUAAAUAAGUAAUACAAGUUUAUAACCUGACAUGGGUACAUAAGCUUUAUUUUAUAAGCCUACGGCAGCAUAAAGUUUUAAACAAUUAUACAUAUAAUAUUUAAAAUAUACUGGGCAACCUGUAUUUCUACUUUUAUAAAAUACAUUCCGUACUUUUAAGCAUUUGACUAAUUAAAGCAAGAUUAAAUAUCAUAUUGUAAGUGCUCAUUUUUAAACAUACCUACCUAUUUAAAAAUAUCGUUAGGGAACUACAUUCCAUGUAUGUAAAAAACACGGCCAAAGAUAUAGCUAUAAAGUUCUUAAAUAAAAUGUGAAACUAUUCUAUUCCACUACCAAAUCAUUUAAAAAAUAGGGAUGAUGGGAUAUGAUUUUCUUUUUUUAUUAAAUCCCUCAAUCUGCGUACCUACCGAAUUGAUGCGAAUUUGUACGUGUUUUUAUUUUUAAUAAUUCUUUAUUUCUUUCUUUUUUUUCUAUUUGGUUCACUAUGAAAUUGAAAUCUGAAAAUCUUUAGACCACUGUAAAAUAUUUUGUUAUUAUUCUUUUAUCUAUUUAAACGACCUAUAAUAGCGACACGAUAACUACAACCAAUGACGUCAUAACUUACAAUCAUAGAGAAAUAUUUCAAGCGUGACGUCAUUCGUUAUUUCAAUUCCAUGUGUCGCCAUAUUUUGUUUGUUGAUUGCUUUUAAGAAUAAAGUUUUUUGUUGGAUGGCCACCCAUAAAAGAAAAUAAAAUAAAAUUCAUAUUUAUGGCCAUCAUCCCUAUACUUACCUACCUACAAUUUAUAUUGUAAAACUGAACAGUAUUUUGUAUGAAUUUACGUAAGUUUAAUAUUUAAUAUUGUAUGUUAGUAGGUACUACACCAAUAUGCCAUAUAUUAUGUAAGGAAAUAUUUGAAAAUUGUAAUUAAUUAAUUUGUAAAUAACUGGUUGAUUCGUUAUUUAUUACUUUUUUGUUGAUAGGACUUAGCGUACCAUGUAUAAUAUCGGAAUUAAAAAUAUCAAAGGUUGUUUGAAAAAUAUAAUACAUGUAUUAUUUUAA